GCAAAUAUAUUCUUCUUCCUACUGAACUCAAACUCCAAGUUGAGGGAGCCUUGGUUUACUGUACCAAGAGCUUGCCUAACCUAGUCACCGAUCAAGCCUUGUUUGAGUGCCAGCUAGGUCCUGCCCCCAAAGCUCCUGUUGUGACCUUUACACCUAGUCCUUUCCCCCCAAGUGGUAAGUNGGGAGCCUUGGUUUACUGUACCAAGAGCUUGCCUAACCUAGUCACCGAUCAAGCCUUGUUUGAGUGCCAGCUAGGUCCUGGCCCCAAAGCUCCUGUUGUGACCUUUACACCUAGUCCUUUCCCCCCAAGUGGUAUGGCUACCAAGGUUGACAAAAAACUGUUAAAGGAGAUUAAAGCAACUAAAGACCUAGGAAGUGGUUCCCCUCGCCAUAAAAAGCCAAGGCUAGCUUCUGCUAAGACGAUGACACCGGCCUCCAUCCCUCCAGGUGCAGAGUGGAAGGCCCCUAAAGAGUCUAGGUCUUCAAUGUGGGAGAAUGGAAAGGAGGUCAGGGCUCAUCUCCAUAGAUUUGUUGAUUAG